CCAACAUGGCUGCGCUCCUGAGCCCGGGAGGCGGUCGCUGCUGAGCGCCGCUCGCCGCCCGGGCCCCCAGCCCGCCCAGGCCCCGGCCCAUGGCCCCCGCGGCCCCUCGGCUCCUGGCGCGCUAGGGCUGCAGCCCAGGCGCUCGUCGCCCCUAGUCGCUUCUGGGCACCUCGGCGCCGCCGCCCGCUCGCGCUCCCGCCGGCCUCGGGGAGCCCGGGAGCCGUCCGGCGGGGCGGGGCGGGCCGCCACCAUGGAGCCCCAGCGCCGGGAGCUGCUCGCCCAGUGUCAGCAGAGCCUGGCCCAGGCCAUGACGGAGGUGGAGGCUGUGCUCGGGUUGCUCGAGGCCGCGGGAGCGCUCAGUCCCGGCGAGCGGCGGCAGCUGGACGAGGAGGCGGGAGGCGCCAAGGCGGAGCUGCUGCUUAAGCUGCUCCUGGCCAAAGAGCGAGACCACUUCCAGGACCUGCGGGCGGCGCUGGAGAAGACGCAGCCUCACCUGCUGCCCAUUCUCUACCUGAACGGCGUCGUGGGGCCGCCGCAGCCAGCCGAGGGCGCGGGCUCCACCUCCAGCGUCUUGUCCAUCAUGCCCUCAGACUCAGAGAGCAGUGGCUCCCUCAGCAGUGUGGGCACCACCGGGAAGGCGCCCUCCCCACCACCGCUCCUCACUGACCGGCAAGUGAAUGAGAAGGUGGAGAACCUCUCCAUCCAGCUGCGGCUCGUGACCCGGGAGAGGAAUGAACUGCGCAAGCGCCUGGCCUUCUCUACUCACGGGACUACCUUUGACAAGAGGCCCUACCAUAGGCUGAAUCCUGACUACGAGAGGCUGAAGAUCCAGUGUGUGCGGGCCAUGUCUGACCUGCAGAGCCUGCAGAACCAGCACACCAAUGCCUUGAAGAGGUGUGAGGAGGUGGCCAAGGAGACCGACUUCUACCACACACUCCACAGCCGGCUCCUGAGUGACCAGACGCAGCUGAAGGAUGACGUGGACAUGCUGAGGCGGGAGAAUGGACAGCUGCUGCGGGAGCGCAAUCUGCUGCAGCAGUCAUGGGAGGACAUGAAGCGGCUGCGUGAGGAGGACCAGAAGGAGAUCGGGGACCUCCGGGCCCAGCAGCAGCAGGUGUUAAAGCACAAUGGGUCAUCAGAAAUUCUCAACAAGUUGUACGACACGGCCAUGGACAAGCUGGAGGUGGUUAAGAAGGACUAUGAUGCCCUGCGGAAGAGGUACAGUGAGAAAGUGGCCGUCCACAGCUCGGACCUGAGCCGCCUGGAGCAGCUGGAGGAAGAGAACCAGCGUCUGCUGAAGCAGACGGAAAUGCUGACGCAGCAGAGGGACACGGCCAUCCAGCUGCAGCACCAGUGCGCCCUCUCCUUGCGGAGGUUCGAGGCGAUCCACCAUGAGCUGAAUAAGGCCACAGCCCAGAACAAGGACCUGCAGUGGGAGAUGGAGCUGCUUCAGUCGGAGCUGACGGAGCUGAGGACCACACAGGCAAAAACCGUGAAGGAGUCGGAGAAGUACAAGGAGGAGCGGGAUGCGGUGUACAGCGAGUACAAGCUCAUCAUGAGUGAGCGCGACCAGGUCAUCUCCGAGCUGGACAAGCUCCAGACCGAGGUGGAGCUGGCCGAGUCCAAGCUCAAGAGCAGCACAUCCGAGAAGAGGGCGGCGAGCGAGGAGAUGGAGGCACUGCGGCAGAUCAAAGACACAGUGACAAUGGAUGCCGGGAGAGCCAAUAAGGAGGCUGAAAUCCUUCGAAAGCAGUGCAAGGCUCUGUGCCAGGAGCUGAAGGAAGCCCUCCAGGAGGCGGAUGUAGCCAAGUGCCGGCGGGACUGGGCCUUCCAGGAGCGGGACAAGAUCGUGGCCGAGCGGGACAGCAUCCGGACACUCUGUGACAACCUAAGACGGGAGCGGGACCGUGCAGUGAGCGAGUUGGCUGAGGCCCUGCGCAGCCUGGACGACACUCGCAAACAGAAGAACGAUGUUAGCCGGGAGCUUAAGGAGCUCAAGGAGCAGAUGGAAUCCCAGUUGGAGAAGGAGGCCCGGUUCCGACAGCUGAUGGCCCACAGCUCCCAUGACUCGGCCAUUGACACAGAUUCCAUGGAGUGGGAAACCGAAGUUGUAGAGUUUGAAAGAGAAACAGAGGAUGUUGACCUGAAGGCCCUUGGGUUCGAUAUGGCAGAAGGUGUGAAUGAGCCGUGUCUGCCGGGGGACUGUGGCAUAUUCGUCACUAAAGUGGACAAAGGAAGCAUUGCUGACGGCCGUUUACGGGUCAAUGACUGGCUGCUAAGAAUCAACGACGUGGACCUCAUCAACAAGGACAAGAAGCAGGCCAUCAAGGCUCUCCUCAAUGGGGAAGGGGCCAUCAACAUGGUGGUACGGCGGAGGAAGUCCCUGGGCGGGAAGGUGGUCACGCCGCUGCACAUCAACCUGAGUGGACAGAAAGACAGCGGCAUCAGUCUGGAGAACGGAGUGUAUGCUGCAGCUGUGGCGCCUGGAAGCCCGGCCGCCAAAGAAGGAUCCCUCAUCGUGGGGGACAGGAUUGUGGCGAUCAAUGGAAUUGCACUGGACAACAAGUCUCUGAAUGAGUGUGAAUCUCUGCUGCGUAGCUGCCAGGACUCCCUGACCCUCUCCCUCCUGAAGGUGUUCCCUCAGAGCUCCUCAUGGAGUGGCCAGAACAUCUUUGAAAACAUCAAGGACUCUGAUAAGAUCUUGAGUUUCCGAGCCCAUGGCCCAGAGGUCCAGGCUCAGAAUAAACGGAACUUGCUGCAGCACAAUAACUCCACGCAGACGGACAUCUUCUACACAGACAGGCUGGAGGAUAGGAAGGAGCCAAGCCCCUCAGGAGGCAGCAGCUCCUUCCUGCACAAGCCAUUCCCUGGGGGACGCUUCCCAGUCUCCCCGCAGGCCUGUCCCAGUGCCUCUGAGCGCAGUCUGAGCUCCUUCCGCUCAGAUGCCUCUGGGGAGCGUGGCUACGGGCUGGUGGAUGUGCACACCCGGCAACCACUGCUGCCUUUUGAGACUGAGGUGGGCCCCUGUGGGGUGCCAGAGCCCCCCCUAGAUAAGGCAGACCCCGAGAGCUCCAGCAGUGGCGGGACCUGGCCCAAGGCCGGGCUCAGCUCCACGGCCGGGCCCGAGAAGCUCUCUGUUUACAAGAAGCCAAAGCAAAGAAAGUCUAUCUUUGACCCUAACACUUUCAAACGUCCCCAGACACCCCCCAGAAUAGACUACCUGCUCCCAGGCCCUGGGCCUGUGCACUCCCCCCAGCCCUCCAAGAGGGCUGGACCUCUGACACCUCCAAAACCUCCCAGGAGGAGCGACUCCAUUAAGUUCCAACACAGGCUGGAAACCAGUUCGGAGUCAGAGGCAACUCUGGUGGGCAGCUCCCCAUCCACCAGCCCCCCGGGUGUACUGCCCCCUGCUGGGGACCCUGGGGAGCCCAUGCAUGCUUCACCCCAUCGCAAGGCCAGGGUCCGCAUUGCUUCCAGCUACUACCCUGAAGGGGACGGGGACUCCUCCUGCCUGCCUGCCAAGAAGUCCUGUGAUGAGGACCUCACCUCCCAGAAGAUGGAUGAGCUGGGGCAGAAGCGCCGCCGGCCUAAGUCUGCUCCCAGUUAUCGGCCCAAGCUCGCCCCAGUAGUGAUUCCUGCUCAGUUCCUGGAGGAGCAGAAGUGCAUCCCAGCCAGUGGAGAGCUCUCCCCAGAGCUCCAGGAGUGGUCCCCUUACUCACCAGGGCACUGUGGCCGGCACAGCAACCUCCCACUCUACCCAAGCAGGGCAUCUGUCGGCACUGUUCCCCGGAGUAUGACCCCGAAUACCACCGUAAGCUCCAUCCUGAGGAACCCCAUAUACACCGUGCGUAGCCACAGGGUUGGCCCCUGCAGCUCUCCACCUGUUCCCAGAGAGGUCAGCCCCCAGGGUUUGCAUCCCAGUGUCCAGCACCAGGGACGCCUGAGCCUGGAUCUGAGCCACAGGGCCUGCAGCGACUACUCAGAGAUGCGAGCCUCCCAUGGGUCCAACUCACUGCCCUCCAGUGCCCGCCUUGGGUCUUCAAGCAACUUGCAGUUCAAGACAGAACGCAUUAAAAUCCCAUUGACACCAAGAUACCCCCGGUCUGUUGUGGGCUCUGACAGAGGUUCGUUGUCACAUUCUGAAUGCAGCACACCUCCACAGUCACCCCUGAACAUCGACACCCUGUCCUCUUGUAGCCAGUCCCAGACCUCAGCCUCCACGUUGCCCAGGAUCGCCAUCAACCCUACAGCCCUCGGAGAGUGGAGGAAGGACAGGCCCUAUGUGGAGGAGCCACGCCAUGUCAAGCUGCAGAAGGGCUCGGAGCCACUGGGCAUCUCCAUCGUGAGUGGAGAGAAGGGUGGCAUCUAUGUCUCCAAGGUGACUGGAGGGAGCAUUGCUCACCAAGCUGGCCUUGAAUAUGGCGACCAGUUACUUGAGUUCAAUGGCAUAAACCUGCGGAGUGCCACGGAGCAGCAGGCCCGGCUCAUCAUCGGGCAGAAUUGUGACACUAUCACCAUCCUGGCCCAGUACAACCCACACAUGCACCAGCUCAGCAGCCACUCCCGGUCCAGCUCCCAUCUGGACCCUGUCAGCACCCACUCCACUCUCCAGGGCAGUGGUGCCACCACCCCAGAGCAUCCCUCUGUCAUUGACCCACUGAUGGAGCAGGAUGAGGCCCCUGGCACCCCCCCGGCCAAGCAGAGUACCUCCAGUUCCAGGAUGGGGGGAGAUGCCAACAAGAAGACUGCAGAGCCACGAGUUGUCUUCAUGAAGAAGUCCCAGCUGGAGCUUGGAGUGCAUUUAUGUGGUGGGAACCUGCACGGGGUGUUUGUGGCUGAGGUAGAGGAGGACAGUGCUGCUAAGGGCCCUGACGGCCUUGUGCCAGGGGACCUCAUCCUCGAGUACGGCAGUCUGGACACACGCAACAAGACGGUGGAAGAGGUCUACGUGGAAAUGCUGAAGCCCAAGGAUGGCGUCCGCCUGAAGGUCCAGUACCGUCCCGAGGAGUUCACCAAGGUCAAGGGCCUGCCUGGUGACAGCUUCUACAUCAGGGCCCUGUAUGAUCGGCUGGCAGAGGUGGAGCAUGAGCUGAGUUUUAAAAAAGAUGACAUCCUUUAUGUUGAUGACACCUUGCCCCAGGGCACAUUUGGGUCCUGGAUGGCCUGGCAGCUGGAUGAGAACGCCCAGAAGAUCCAGCGUGGGCAGAUUCCCAGCAAAUAUGUGAUGGACCAAGAAUUCUCCAGGAGGCUCAGCAUGUCGGAAGUCAAAGGCGACAACAGCGCCGCAAAGACACUGUCGGCAGCUGCACGCAGAUCCUUCUUUCGGAGAAAACAUAAGCACAAACGCAGUGGGUCCAAAGAUGGAAAAGACCUCCUUGCCUUGGACACCUUUUCCAAUGACUCCAUUCCAUUCUUUGAAGAUUCAGUGAGCCUUGCCUAUCAGCGGGUUCAGAAGGUGGACUGCACAUCUCUGAGGCCCGUCCUGAUUCUGGGGCCUUUACUGGACGUGGUGAAGGAAAUGCUGGUGAACGAGGCACCUGGCAAGUUCUGCAGGUGCCCCCUUGAGGUGAUGAAGGCCUCCCAGCAGGCCAUUGAACGUGGUGUCAAAGACUGCCUGUUUGUCGACUAUAAGCGGAGGAGUGGCCAUUUUGACGUGACCACAGUGGCUUCUAUUAAGGAGAUCACAGAGAAGAACCGGCACUGCCUCCUGGACAUCGCCCCCCAUGCCAUCGAGCGGCUGCACCACAUGCACAUCUACCCUGUCGUCAUCUUCAUCCACUACAAGAGCGCCAAACACAUCAAGGAGCAGAGAGACCCUAUCUACCUGAAGGACAAAGUGACUCAGAGGCAUUCCAAAGAGCAGUUUGAGACAGCUCAGAAGAUUGAGCAGGAGUACAGUAGGUACUUCACAGGAGUCGUCCAAGGAGGAGCCCUAUCAAGCAUUUGCACUCAGAUCUUGGCAAUGGUCAAUCAAGAACAAAACAAAGUCCUGUGGAUUCCAGCCUGCCCGCUGUAGAAGAGCGCUGUGCUGGGAAAUGACUGCAGCUUGUCACCAGUGUAAAUGCCUGGCCCAGCUUUUUUAGUGACUAAAAAUAGGAGUUCUGUCCUGAUAUAAACACAAAGGGGCAGGAUCCAUGCUGAAGGACUCCAGAAGCACUUCCUUUGUAGACAGAGGACCACAGAUAAAUGGGAUCCGGGCCCAGGCCAGCAGACUGUAUUCCUCUCACAUGUGUGCUUUAAGACAAAACAAGAAACACAAAAGACUUUUAAUAGAGGGGUUCAACAGCAACCUUUCUUUAGCCAGCUCAUCAGAAAUGCUGCAAAGAGAACCUUUCAGAUCACAAGUUUACAAGCCUCUUCCGAGUAUUUGAUUAUGUUUACUUGAACGGCUCAUGCUGUUGGGGCCCAGCCCCUGCCCCCAUCAACCCUUGUGUUGCUUCGGUGUUUGGUGUUUUUCAGUGAAACAACAUGGGAACCUUGUUUGCAGCUGCUUUGCUUUGCGAGGUUCUUAGCAGUGGGACCAGAGAUUUGACAGACUUCCUGCUCCUCAGUGGCCCCUCUCCUGGAAGGACAUUGUGACUGCAGAUGUUAAGAAACCAGUGCCUUUGUGGGGCUGACUCGCCAGCAGCAGUGUUCUCCCCUUUGUAUCAAGGAAGGCGACUUUGCAGUCUUAGAAACUCGUCUCUCAGACUUUCUUACCUGCCUCCAGUGUCCUCUCAUUUCUUCUCUGCUUUUAUUUUCUGAGCGUUCUGUCUAGGCCGUCAGAGUCUCAUGGGUUCGCUAAGACACAGCUAGCUCCAGGCAAGGUGUUUAGAGCUGACGCAUGCCACUGGGUCCUCUUUAGGUUCUGUAAAUAGUGACGGCCUUCAUCAGUGCAAUUUUUGCAGAGUAGUUCUUACAACUGUAGAGUGAGGCAGGCACACCAGUUCUUUAAUAUGAAAACAUUCGUGUUUCCGACUUUGAAUUGAGAGCUCUUAGGGAAAGGAUACUGAUUAGUGUGCUCACUGUCAAAAAUCUAAAGAGAAACUGGGAUCUUUUUGGUCUUGGCUAGAGCACUCAUGGCUCGAACAGUACUCAGUGAGGAGGUCUCUGGGCCCCGCCCUGUCCCACCCACCCCCCAGUUCUGAUGCUGGAUGUCUCUGGCUGAAGAUUUGAUGUGGUUCCUCCUUCAACUGUGCAUCCUAUUAAUAAUAGGUACUGUACCGGGCUCCGUGUGUCACUGGGGUAGGACCUAUAUUUUAAUACUGUUCCUAACAUUUCAUUUUACUACCAAGAAAUCUUCGAUUUCAUUUUAUUCUUUGUAAUUCUAGACACUAGAUUAUAGUUUAACCAUAUUGACAUUUUUUAAAAAGGGAUAUAUUUUCUUGCACAGUUGUUCAAAAAGAAACAUGCUGCAGCCAUCAGUGCUGCCCUUUGUUUUACAGGUGCCAGUUUUCUAGCUCAGACAACCGAGACAAACGAGGCUGUCUGCAGGUCUUAACCCCAGGCCCCCUGGGGCUGUUGCUCUGAGUCACAGACACAGGGUCUGUGAGGUACAGUGUGCACAGGUACUGUUCUGGCAGACUGGGAUUUUCUGUACUAAAACAUUACUUUGUAUCAAAAGUUAUAAACAGACUUUAGUACAAUAAAUAAAGGUCAUUUUCUGUAACUUG